UAAUAAAACAAGCUUGAGGUACCAGUUCGCUCUGCAGAACCAUCCUUCUGAUCAUCUCAUCAUUUGUUAUCAUCUCAUCAUUUGUUUAUCUAUAGAAAAUCAAUCGGUCGAAAUCAUGAUGAUACCCCUUCGACCUCAAGGCAAUGCCAAAUGGCAACCAACGGCCCGCGUCCUUCUGGCCGGGCAGGUCCACCAAUUCGACACAUGCCGCAUGAUAAGGCCAUUCUCUGGCCAGGCGUUCCCGCCAAAAUCAUCAAGAAGUCGUGGACCCCUAUGCUACCAUUCCAUUCCGACCUCCACCAUCCUCAAAAGUAGCCAGGCGUUGUACAGCACUGCAUCCACCACUCCGGCUGUUCAACCUACGAUUCACAGCGUCUUCGAACGAGUCACAGGAACGUGGCAAUAUGUGGUGGCCGACCCGUCUACCCUGACCGCCGUCGUCAUCGACCCAGUCUUGGACUUUGAUCCCGUCACCAGAGCAGCCACCACUGGUAGUGCCGACUCCCUGCUCUCUCUGGUCAAGGAAAAGGGAUACACCAUCGACAGAAUCCUGGAAACACACGCCCACGCCGAUCAUCUCACAGCAGCGUCCUAUCUGCAACACCGCCUCUCCCAGACCCAGGGCCGCCGGCCACCCAUUGGCAUAGGAAAACGCAUUGGGCUGGUGCAAACCCUGUUUGGGCGGAGGUACGGAGUCCCCGCCGACGAGUGUAAGGAAGACGCGUUCGACAAGCUGCUAGACGACGACGAGACCUUUGAGAUUGGCAACUUGAAAGCAAUGGCGAUGCACCUCCCAGGACACACCCCCGACCAUCUAGGGUACAAGAUAGGAGACAACGUCUUCUGCGGCGACUCCCUCUUCCACGCAGACGUCGGGACAGCGAGGUGUGACUUCCCCGGUGGGAGCGCCAACAGCCUCUUCGCCUCAGGCCGCCGGCUGCUCAGCCUGCCAGCCAACGUCAAGAUCUGGACCGGCCACGACUACCCCCCGCCGGAGCGCAAGACGCCCAUGGCGUGGAUGAGCGUCCAGGACCACAGGACGCAGAACAAGCAUCUGCGCGACGGCAUCAGCGAGGACGAGUUUGUGGCCAUGCGCAAGAAACGCGAUGCCUCGUUGGGGGCUCCCCGGCUGCUGCACCAGUCGCUGCAGAUGAAUAUUCGCGCCGGGAACCCGCCCAAGCCCACGGCGUAUGGGGAUCGGUUGCUACAGCUUCCCAUGAAUUUCAGGGGCGCGGAGUGGUGAACGCAUCCAAUGCUUUGUGUUUAAUCCAAUGCUUCGUUUUUUUUGUUCUUGCAUGUCAUUAUAUCACUGUGAUUAUACAUAGGCAUAUACUAUCCUGCUCAUUCAAUGCGUUUUGCGAGCUAAUUUGGCCA